UUCUACAGUGUUACUAAGAAGAGAUGACAAAGCUAGAAACUUCUUCUCCAAGCUCAGUAUCCUCAAAGCUAAGAAUUAACAGAGAUUCACGUGCAAUAUCAAAGGUGAAGUCGGAGAUUAGAAUAGUUCAUGUGUUUGCUCCUGAAAUAAUUGAAAUUGAUGCUGCUAAUUUCAGAGAGUUAGUUCAAAGACUCACAGGAAAGCCAGAAGAAGGGAGAGAAGGAAGCAAGUCCAAAACUGCACCAACCAAAGAUGCCAUGGAUUCGGACCCGAAGGAGGCCUUGAUCAUUCAAGAUGAAGCAGAGUUUCUGAGUAUGCAAAAUGGGGUAAAGGUGAAAGAUGAACAUGAAGAGGAAGAAGGUCAAUAUGGUCUAUGGAGACCAAAGAUAAACGAGAAGUUCAGUGGUUUCCUUGAUGGGUUCUCAGAAUUUGAUUGUUUGCUGAAAGACUUAAGCACUGCGCCUGAAGUGAAUCAAAGUUAGAGACAGGUUUUAAUGUAUUGUUGUUUGUGUAUCUUGUUGAUUUGUGAAUACUUGUCAUGAAAAUGAGUCGCUGAAGAACUGAUGUUUCAUAAUUGUCGAUUGAGUAUUGACAAUUUACCUUGUUUCUGAUAUUUUG